CCGAGGCCGCCGCAGCUCACUUCCGCUUCGCUCUCGUUCCCCCACGAAACCGAAGCAAAUCCGGCGAGGCGCAGCGGCGGCAGCGGCGGCGGGGUAGGAGGGAGAAGCCGGCGCGAGCAGGAACAGGAGGAGGCAGCAGCCAUGGAUCCGGACGCAGUGAAGUCGACGCUCUCCAACCUGGCCUUCGGCAACGUCAUCGCCGCCGCCGCCCGCGACCUCCAGAAGGAAAUGGUGGCUAAGGACAAGGCUCAAGGUGCACCUGCAAGCCAUGAUGAAGUUGAUCUUGAUGAGUUGUUGGAUGACCCAGAACUUGAGAAGUUGCACGCGGAGAGAAUUGCUGCCCUGAAGAAAGAGGCUGAGAAGCGUGAGGUGCUAAAAAGGCAAGGGCACGGUGAAUACAGGGAGAUAACUGAAGGAGACUUCCUUGGGGAGGUUACUGGCAGUGAAAAGGUCAUAUGCCAUUUCUACCACCGAGAAUUUUACCGUUGCAAGAUCAUGGAUAAACAUCUGAAGGCCCUUGCUCCAGUCUAUGUUGGAACAAAAUUUGUCAAGCUUGAUGCUGAAAAUGCUCCAUUCUUCGUGGCCAAACUGGCAAUAAAAACAUUGCCAUGCAUCAUAUUGUUCAAGAAGGGUAUUGCUGUUGACCGGUUAAUUGGGUUUGAAGACCUUGGGAGGAAAGACGACUUCUCAACAAGAGCAUUGGAAAAUAUCCUCAAGAUGAAAGGAAUAAUUGAUGAGAAGAAGAAAGACGACGAUGAUGAAGAUGAUGAAAGCGAGUCUAAGAACAGGAGGGUUAGAUCGUCAACCGCCCAAGAUUCCGACUCAGACUGAAGAUGAAAUGGGAGUGCACUAUUUUGUAACUUUUAGUUUACGUUUGAUGCUCUGUAACGUAUGUCAAAAUCUCUUUGUGAUUUGUUCGAUCAGCGUUGUAUCAAUACCGGUUACCAGAAAGAACAAGAGAGUUUCUGCAUGUAGAAGUGAUUUUUUACUAACUCAGCAUCCAUAUUGUGUAAAAAACUGUGUUUUGUGGUUGCCUUGGCUUCUCAUUUGCUAGGAUGGCA